AUGCUGGUAACCUAUUUGAAAUCCAGCCGGGACCUUUGCGAGACGGACUCAGUUCUUUUUGGCGCCGCAGUGGCAGUUUGUCGUAUUAUUGGCGCCAAACUUCCCACGGCUGGAAGCUCUACUAAACAAAGUAGCGCCAUCCCAGCCUGGAGAAAAAGAAUUGAGGACCGCAUCGCAAACGCAAGGGACAAAUAUCAGUUUUUCCCAGCCGGAUAUCACGCAGAAACUAACGGAGCGCACAGACGACCUGAAGCAGAACAUUGCUGCUUGGGGGAAGCGGAUUCGAUGAUUUACCGAGAGGUCAAGGCGGUUCAACCAGAAUCAUCUCUUCCAGAGUGA